AUGAGCUUGAUUGUCUUUCCAAAUCUUUGUUCACUGAUCAGGAGGCGUGGGACACAUUUUGCAUUAUUUCCGGACAAUUUUUGGUGGCCGGAAUCUCACCGGCCAAGUCCCGCAAGGGGAAGUAGUCCAGAGACAGCAGCCCAAGUGGUGCAGUGGGUGAGCUUCGCCAACAGCAACAUAGUUGCCCCAGCCAGUACUUGCGUGUUCCCUACCCUGGGCAUCAUGAAUCACAACAAGCAGGCCACAGAGAAUGCCAAGGAGGAGGUAAGGCAAAUUCUGGGCCUGCUGAAUGCUCACUUGAAAAUGAGGACCUUCCUGGUGGGUGAGCGUGUGACCCUGGCUGACAUCACAGUUGUCUGCACUCUGUUAUGGCUCUACAAACAGGUCCUAGAGCUUUCUUUCUGCCAAGCCUUCCCCAAUACCAACCGCUGGUUCCUCACCUGUAUUAACCAACCCCAGUUCUGGACCAUCUUGGGAGAGGUGAAACUCUGCGAGAAGAUGGCUCAGUUUGGUGCUAAAAAGUUUGCAGAGAGCCAGCCUAAGAAGGACACCCCACUCUCGAUGUAA